AUGCCGUGCUGUCAAGUAGUUACAAAUAUUAAUGCAUCCGAUGAUGACAUAAAAAAAACGUUAUCCCAAAUAGAGAAUGCUGUGUCCGAGGUGAUGAGUAAACCUAUGUCAUACAUUAUGAGCAACUACGACUACCAGAAAUAUUUACGAUUUGGUGGAUCUGAUAAUGGGUUCUGUUUUGUUAAGAUUACAAGUAUAAGUGGAAUUAACAAGACGAAUAACACUGCACUCGCAGACAAAGUUACAAAAAUUCUAGUGAACACAAUCAAAGUAAAAUCGGAUCGUGUGUUUAUCGAAUUCAACGAUUGUUCCCCCAAGAACUUUGCAUUCAAUGGGUCUCUUUUUGGCUAA